ACUUUUGAAUUGUGUUAAAGCAUCGCGCGUGUUUCUAGGCUGUCUGAGACAUUCUUGAUGCUGCAUAAAAACUCUGAGGUGAUCUGAGGGAGCGUCAGUCCCUCAGAGAGCCAGAGACCAGUUCGUCUUUUUUGUCAUCUAAAAAACGCGCCCAGAACUUUGUUCGAAAUGAGAGCUGCAUCUUACUCUCAAAAAAGCCUGCAAGUUAGCAGCUCUGCCGGCAGAAUGAGAGUUCAGAGCCCGUCUCCGUCCCGGUGCCGUGGAUCCUCGUUUGACAGCCGGGGACGCUCCGGGUUUCGUGGAACUGCCAUCGAGUUGGGCACAGAGAUACACCAGCAACAUGCCAAUGAGAAAGAGGAAAUGCAGGAGCUCAAUGUCAAGUUUGCCGGAUACAUCACAAAGGUUCAGGCACUGGAGCAGAGGAAUGCCUCUCUCCAGGCGGAGCUGGCGACACUGCAGGGCCGCUACAAGGGAAGCCCCACUGGCAUUGGAGAAGAAUAUGAACUGAAAUUCAAGGAACUGCGAGAGCUUAUUGAGACCCUGACCAACGAGAAGGGAGCAGCUGAUAUUGAACGGGGCUACCUCGAAGAAGAGGUUGAAAUCUGGAGACUAAAACUGGAGGAGGAACUGGCACUGAAAGAGGAAGCAGAAAUGAUUCUGAGGGAGUUUCGGCAGGAUGUUGACAAUGCCACGUUACAGAAGGCCGAGCUCGAAAAGCGCAUCGAGCAGCUGGUGGCUGAGAUCGAGUUUCUUAAGAAGUUACAUGACGAAGAGGUGGCUGAUCUUAUGAAGCAGAUCGAGGAAGCAAAGAUCACUUCUGAGAUGGAUGGUGAUCGUCCAGAUUUGGCUGCUUACCUGCGCAACAUGCGCGCUGAGAUAGAGUCUGUGGCGGCUCGCAAUGUCCAAGAAGCCGAAAAGUGGUACAAGAGCAAAUUUGACACUCUUAAAGAACAUGCAGGUAAACACGAGGAGAAGAUGAAGACAAUGAAGGAUGAGAUCACAACCUUCCACAAUCAGGUGACUGACCUUCAGAAUCAAAUCGACAGCCUCAGGGCCCGCAACGCCGCUCUUGAGCUGCAGUUGGAGGAAAUGGAAAUCUCCCACAUGGAGAAGGUGGAAGGUUUAGAGAGCGUCAUUUCUCAACUUGAGGCCCAGCUCUGCGAAACCAAACUGGAGAUGACCAAGUAUCUUCAAGAUUACCAGGAACUGCUCCACAUUAAGCUCAAGCUGGAUGCGGAGAUUGCGACUUAUAGGAAGCUGCUGGAAGGAGAAGAACAGAGGCUCGGAAUUGGCAAAGACGCCUAAGAUCCAAAUCAAGAGCACAGGCAAAUCUAGAGGAAAUGGCAAAGAAGACUUUCAGAUCAUCAAUGAACAGAGAAAUCCACUCAAUCAGUCUACAGAAACUCUUUUUCCUUCAUCUUUUAACCAACCUCUUUUUCUUAGAUGUUGUUGAACCCUACAAACAGUUGCAAGAGUUGUUGUUGAGUAACAAAACAAAGAGCAAGGACAGCAAAGAGCUGGACUUAUGCGAUCCUCUCCGCAAGUUCUGAAUCUGACUGUUGUGAAUUUGAUCAAACAUUUUUAGAACAGCCCUACGUUCCAAGUAAUUUGGUUCUAAAUAUGUAUUGUUGCUGCAGUUCAACCCCCACCUUAAUUGUUUAUAACGGAAAUUUACUGGCUCACCACACCCCAAAGCCCAACCCCCGCUGGCAAUGACCCCACUUUUUUUUUCUUGGCACUUCUCUUUAUCCAUAGCGCCUCUUUUUUCUAUACUUUCUGAUCAUUCCAGCUUCUUUUUCCUGCAGUACUCCUGUUAAAUUUACUUUCACUGUUUUGCCAAGUCAGCCUUCCUGUCAUCCUGUUCCUACAUAACUUCUCUGUGCAACGGUUUGUCACCUUUCGUCAUUUUCACUUUCUCUUGUUCAGUCAUGAUCUAUGCAAGCGAAGCUCAGCAUAUAACCUUAGUGUUAUAACAGGUAUUUACAAAAGCAACAAUUCCAAUGUAGUGAUGACCUGUUGACCUCAUACACUAAUGUUGACCAACAGUUGCUUAAUAAAGAUUUACGUGAGUGCAUGCAAAAUGAGCCCUCUGGUUAUUUUUACUGUUGUUUUCCUUAAUCAUACAACCAUUAUUUUUU